AUCAGUGGGAAAUAACUUGAGGGCACACCUCAACAAGAAGUAGGCUACCAGGAGCCCCAGGUUGUGGCUAUUAAGGGUUAAGUCAUGGACCUGUGGGCUUCAGCUUUCAGUGGGAGGAGCUGGUGCCAUGAGCAACUCCCCCAAAGGCCAUAUUUUGGGAAGUCUUGCUGGAUGCUCCAUCUUUUGAUAGCUGCUGAACCAUGUAGUCCAAGGAUGGCUAGGAGGGGCUGAGGGGGGGGGGGUUCAGGGCCACAGAGGCACCCAGUCAGGAAGGCAGGGACCCUUCCUUGUUGGAUGCAAAAAGAGCCAGGGGAAAGACAAGGCCAGCAAUGGAGAGAGCCAAGUGCCUGGAAGGAUGCUGGACUAGACUGGUACCCAAGAUGGUGCACAAGAGGGUUGAACAUUAGCGGCAAGCGAGAGAAGGCGUGAUGCCUGGGUCGUCCUCGAGUGAUGCUGAGCACAGAGAAGCCCCCAGCUUGGCGCUGACACCCACCAGCCGCUGAAUUUUUUGCAUACAUUUUUAAAAAAACAUUUGGAGGCAGCCAAGACAACUCUCUACUCGCCGGCAAUCCCUUCUCUGGCGUCACCAGGAGGUACGGCGGUGGCUGCCCUGCAUGGAAGACAGUGCCACAGGCGCUUCUGUCAAUGUGCCAGCGAGCGCCUUCGAGAGACUGAGUUAAAAGGGGGGCGUGGACCAAGGGAAAGCGCUCACCGGCAGGCAGAGAGAUUGAGAAUUGCUGCUUCUUUGCCCACCCGCCAGUGGACGAUGAAAAAAUAACCCUUGGUUUGAGAUCAGCAUCUGGCAAGAAAAGGAGAGAAAGCAAGAGAAGGUCUGGAGGAAAAAAGGUCAGCUUGGCAGGAUGGUGCAGCAAAGGAGCGUCAGGAACCGGGGGACAGAGACCAAGAGGGAGGUGUGUCCCAAAGAUGCCCUGAUCCUGAAGGAUGCCAAAGGAGAACCAGGCUGGUGCAAGACACCCAGCGGGCACAUCAAGCGCCCCAUGAACGCCUUCAUGGUCUGGUCCCAGAACGAACGGCGGAAGAUUAUGGACCAGUGGCCGGACAUGCACAAUGCCGAGAUUUCCAAGCGCCUCGGCCGGCGUUGGCAACUCUUGCAGGACUGCGAGAAGAUCCCUUUCGUCAAGGAGGCGGAACGCCUACGGCUGAAGCACAUGGCUGACUAUCCCGACUACAAGUACCGACCCAGGAAGAAGGGGAAGAUGGGCAAUGCCAAGUCUCGCCCAAGAGUACCGGUGAAGAUCAAGCCCUCAGUCCUAGGGAGGGUGGCCUCCACCCGAAGGCACGUGCCCAAGCAGGAUCCCAGAGCCAGCGGUCAGGUGGGACGGUCGACACCCGAGCCGGAGGAUGAUGAUGACCCCCUAGAAGUGCGGCUCUUGGAGACGUCUUUGGAUGACAGCCCGAAAAUGCCCACCAAGGAGUUCUGGCACGUGGUGCCAAACUCCAACGAGAAAGGCGGGUGGCCGUCCAACUCUGGAGAGACGAAAGACCAUGAAGCUGUCGGGUUGACCAAGCCCUUCUUGGACGAGGCAAGGUCCUCUGAGAUCUCUUCUCCGGCAUCCACCCGGUCACCUCCCUCUUCCUUCGCCUCCUCGGAUGAAGAGUUGGAAGAAGAGCUCUUGAAUUUCCUGCCCAGCCGAGCCCCGCCAAAUGUGGUGGUGCCCUGUGGGACCCCGGACUGGUCUGUCUUUGACAAAGACCUUGACCUCUUCCCUUUGGGGGCCGCCUCUCACUUUGAGUUUCCGGAUUAUUGUACCCCGGAGGUGACUGAGAUGAUAGCCGGGGACUGGCUGAUGUCCAGUAUCUCGGACUUGGUCUUUACAUACUGAGUCCUCACCAGGUAAACUCUCAUUUCUCCGCAAUCAGGUUGUAUCAAAAGAAAGAAAGAAAAAAAAUAAUGAAAAAAGAAUCCCAACUGUUUACAUGCAGGAAUCAGGUAUUAUCCAUUUCCCACCCUUGCCUUGGCUGCAUUCAAAGGCAAUCUUUCUUUCCAUCAGCCAAUCCCCCCCCCCCCAAUCGGCACACACCCACUUUGCCGGUGUCUGCCGGCUUGGCAUGGUGGGGCUUUGGCAUCUCAUCACCUCUCUCGCCUCCCCCCAUAAAAAAAAUCCACUGAGAGAGACAGAGAGGUCCUGCCUGUGUUUAUUUACCCAUGAAAUUUGACUGUCUAAUCAGGUUUUCAUUGUAACCUUCUCCAGUCGUUUCUCUGCCCGCCACGACUCCCCCUCUUCCUCCUGGCUGCAGCUGCUUCCCAGCUCCGCCAUCCGUGGCUGAGACAGAGACCCCCUCCAUCCCCACCCCAAGCCCACCACCUUCCCCUUCUAUCCUCAGCCCCUGCCCACCGUAGCUGUUUCUUCACACCUGAUUCUGCUUCUGUGGCCAUCCAUCCAUCUAUCCGUCCGGGGCUUUGAUUUCCGGUGCCAUUUUCAUGCUUGUCUUUGGGUUACAUUCUCUCAUUUGUUAUUUCCACUCUCACACACACCCUUCUUCCCUUCUCUUCCAUUUGAAAUGGCUCCCAGGGAAAGACAGAAAGAGUCGCCAGCUCGACUGUGUCCCAUUUUCUAUAGAUGCUAAGGGCCAUUUUGCAAGCGUGCCAGUCUCUGGUACCAGAGAGGGGUAGGGCUCUGGGGUCCUCAUUCCACAAGAUUUUUUUGUGUAGCGGAAUGGGUGAAAACUCAUUCCUGGUGCUGGGGAGGAUUCACUUUGGGGGAAGAGAUG